GCUUCCUGGUCCAUACUAGAUGUCUCCUACACAUCGUGAGCCGCACAAUCAAUGCUACAUCCUCACACUAUCUGCCCCCUCUGCAAUCAUAAACCUGCCUGCACAUAGAUCUUACUUUGCUGCAGGCGGAGGUGAAAUGAGUUCACGCAACAGUGGAGGAGAGGACCUGGAGACUCCUCUUUUGUGCUCAUACACUUCUCAUAUUCUAUAUCAUUGCUCUUUCAUCUGUGGGCGUGUGGUUUCAUCCCUCGGCUUCUAUGGGUGUCAUCGCAUUCCUCUAUAGUUCGGGCACAGAUACCGAAGACACCUGCUGUUCAUCCAGCGUCUUUGCUGCUCAUCUACCUCCCUCUUUAGUAUCUGUUUAAACUUCUAUCCCGCAAAAACCGCCUUUAGUUUGUCACCAGCACCUGGCUGCUCACUUCAUACAUGUGAAGAGAGUGCGUAUGCAGAAAGGGGAAGAAGGCGUGUUUUGUACUUUAAUGGGUUGUGGAGAAACCUGCCUGUCUGCUUGGAGCUGAGAGGAGGAGCUUGUGGGGUGUGGAGACUCCAGACAAAGGAGACAUAAACACACUGACACUGGAUCACUGGAGCAAAAGCAGAGGGAGACGGCACUGAAAGCUUCAUUUUUAGUGCGAAGGAGACAAUCUUCAACUCCUGGACUACUUUUGCUGUAUUUUGCCAAACUUUUGUGUGCGUUUGUCGGCCGUAUGGAUCUGAAUGUGAGCUGAGAGAUGUUUGCGUUGGAGUAGUUGUUGCCAUAUGUUGUUCUUGGUGUGUAACAGAGUGCGGGUUAGUGUGUUUGGGAUGGAAAAGUGGAGCUGGCAAGACCAACAGCUCUGCUCUUAGCUUUACGCCAUGGGGGGUUGCCAUAGUUACCCCUCGGCUACAGAGGCAGAUGGGAAGACUCUUCAGCCUUCUGACAUCAGCAGUGACAAACUGGGAAUUAAUAACAAUAAUCAGGAAGAGCGUCCGUAUCUACAGCAGCAGUAUGUGUGCCAGCGGAUCACACACACAGACAUGUUCGCCCUCACAGCGCUGCCGCCUGGCGUCGACAAGGCAGAGUGGCUGGCCAGCAACACUGUGGCGUUUUUCAAGCACAUAAACCUGUUCUCCAGCGCUCUGUCAGAGUUCUGCACACCCAGCACCUGCCCAACCGCCUGUGGACCAGGCAACACGGUUUAUUUCUGGACUGACGACCACGGCAGGAAGCUGAAAUGCUCUGCUCCACUUUACUUCGACUAUGCCAUGUCAUACAUUCAGGACCUGCUGACUGAUGAAGAUGUGUUCCCCACAAAAGCAGGUUCAGUAUUUCCGACAGGUUUCGUCUUUCUGGUCCAGAAGGUGUUUUUGCUGCUGUUCAGGACUCUGGCUCACAUUUAUUGGUCUCACUACAGAGAGACACUCGCUAUGGGGCUGCACCCUCACCUCAACACGCUCUUCACACACCUCACACUCUUCUGCCGGCAACAUGCGCUGCUGGAGCCGGAGGACACCGAGCCGCUGCAGGACCUCAUUGCAGCUCUGGGACAGCAAGGCUGAACCUGAAGGGCAGAGACAGACAUAAACACUCACGUUCUCAACACAAAUUAUUUAUUUGUUUCAGGUUGGUUGUCUGUGGCCGCUCUGAGCCAAACUUAAACUUAAUUCACAAUAUGAAGAAAGGCCUAGUUGUUAGCAAAGAAAAAGAGAACCUGAAUAUCUGGCCAAUUGCUGUAUAUAGUUGCUGUCAGUUAUUUGUAGAACUUAAUACUGCAUGUUUUUUUUUAAUACAACAGUGCAUUGUUGUGUUUUGACAAGGUCAAGAUCUUCAAGGUCACUCAUGUCUUCCUCACUGAAAGAUGCUGUAAUGGAAAAUAUAAUAAACUGUGCAGUGGUUUCUCAAAAAAUUAAAAAAAAAAAAGUAAAAAUCCGCAUAGCCACACAAACCUAGUUGGUGCCAUCAUUGUAUUCUGAACAUUUGCAAAAACCCAUGAGUUGAUGCGAAUACUGUAUAAUCUCAUUUGUAAGGAAAAGUCUCUCUGCACCUUUAUGUAUGACUCUGUACUCUGUAAUAAACACUUGACUGUUUGAAGUAUUUAAAAAA